GUGGCAGCGUGAGGAGAUGGCGGCCCGCGGCUCCGCGAAGCGUGGGGCAGGUGCUGGUGCGGCCCGCGGCUCCGAGCCGCAGGAGGAGCCACCGCCGCCGCUCCAGGCCGUGCUGGUCGCCGACAGCUUCAACCGCCGUUUCUUCCCCAUCUCCAAAGACCGUCCGCGGGCUCUUUUACCUAUGGCAAAUGUGGCCAUGAUCGAUUACACCUUGGAGUUCUUAACAGCAACUGGAGUAGAAGAAACCUUUGUUUUCUGCUGUUGGAAGUCAGCUGAGAUAAAAGAGCAUUUACAAAGGUCCAAGUGGUGCCGCCACACCUCUCCCAACACAGUGCGCUUUGUGACUUCGGACCUGUACCGCUCCCUUGGUGACGUGCUGCGAGAUGUUGAUGCCAAGUCCCUUGUUCGUUCUGACUUCAUUCUUGUCACUGGCGAUGUGGUAUCCAACCUCAAUGUAUCCAGAGCCUUGGAAGAGCACAGGCUGCGUCGCAAGAUGGAAAAGAAUGUUUCUGUGAUGACGAUGAUUUUCAAGGAGUCCUCACCUGGUCACCAUGCCAGGUGCAAAGAGGAUGACAUUGUUAUUGCUAUGGAUAGUGCCACAAACCGUGUCCUUCACUAUCAGAGAACCCAGGGGCUGAAACGCUUCCGCUUUCCUAUGAGUCUGUUUCAGAACUCUAUUGAGAACGUUGAGGUGCGCCACGAUUUGCUGGAUUGUCACAUCAGCAUCUGUUCUCCACAGGUGGCUGAGCUUUUCACAGACAAUUUUGACUACCAGACACGGGAUGACUUUGUGCGUGGUCUGUUAGUGAACGAGGAGAUCCUGGGGAACCAAAUCCAUAUGCAUGUAACGACAGAAGAGUAUGGUGCUCACAUAUGCAACCUACUAAUGUAUGAAGCUGUGUGCUCUGACAUCAUCAGGCGCUGGGUUUAUCCUUUGACUCCAGAGAUGAACUUCAGUGAUGACAAGAAUCAGAGUUAUACCCAUUCUAAACACAACGUUUACCGGGGAGUGGACGUUAGCCUUGGUCAUGGCAGCAUGCUGAAAGAGAACGUGCUCAUUGGGCAGGGAACAGUCAUUGGCAGCAACUGCUCAAUAAUGAACAGUGUUAUUGGGCAGAACUGUAGGAUAGGUAAUGAAGUCACGUUGGAUGGAGCUUUUCUUUGGGAUGGAGUACACAUAGCAGAUAAUGUGCAGAUCCAGCAUUCUGUUAUCUGUGAUGAAGCUGAAGUGAAGGAGAAAGUAAAGCUAAAACCUCACUGUGUCCUCUCCUCACAGGUGGUGGUUGGUCCUGACAUCACUCUUUCGGAGGGCACAGUGAUCUCUCUACACCCACCAGAUGAGGAGGAGGAGGAUGACGAUCAGUUUAGUGAUGAUUCUGGUGUGAACAAGGAGGAGAGCAAAGUGAAGCUGAAAGGCUACAACAAAAAGGAUGUGGGCUCAGAAGGCAGAGGCUAUCUCUGGAAAGCAGAUGACAAAAAUGAAGAUGAUGAAGAGCAGAGACAGAGUCUAUGGGGCCCAGCUAUGCUUUCGGAAGAAGAGAGUGAGUCAGACAGCGACCUGAGCAUGGGCUCUGAGGAGCCAGACAGUCGGGCAGCGUCCCCUCAGCUAGACGACAUCAAAGUUUUCCAGAAUGAGGUUCUGGGUACAUUACAGAGGGGUGAAGAAGAAAACAUUUCCUGUGACAACUUGGUCCUGGAAAUCAACUCUCUCAAGUAUGCAUAUAACAUCAGUCUGAAUGAGAUGAUGCAGGUGCUCAGUAAAGUGAUUCUGGAGUUCCCGUUACAGCAGCUGGAUGCAAACCUGGACUCCCAGAACUAUUUCUCAGCAUUACUUCCUCUGUUGAAGAACUGGACCCCGUUGUUUAAGAACUACAUAAAACGUUCGUCAGAUCACUUGAAUGCCUUAUUUGCCAUUGAGGAAUUCUUCCUGGAACACGACAGUCUUUGCACAUCAAUAGCUAAAGUGUUGAUGACGUUUUACCAGCUGGAGAUUCUGGAAGAAGAUGUAAUUCUCAACUGGUUCUCUCUGCGGGACACAUCUGACAAGGGGAAGCAGCUUCGUAAAAACCAGAGGCUUCAGAAGUUCAUCCAGUGGCUGGAGGAGGCAGAAGAAGAGUCGUCUGAUGGCGACCAAGACUGACGUGGUGACUUGGCAUGAGAAGAGGCACUCUCACUGCCUUUCUGGGCUGAGUGGGCAGGGCAAGAUCAGUGCCAGUGCAUGGUGUGUAGUUGUGGGGCCUGACAUCAAAGUGACUGACAAUCCCAUCACUAAUUGUGUUGUGCAUUCCCAACUUUGCCACUUCCCUCCCUCCCUGCCACCCUUGCUUGCCUAGUGGCACGUUACGUUGGAUGGUUGCAGCACAGUGUAAAAACAAUAUGGGAAAAGCAGGAGGCAAUGACAUCUAGAAUCCCUGUGGGGCCUGGAUACGGUGCACUGUAAGCUAUCUUUUGGGAACUCCUUGUUACUAAUGCAAAGGGAGCAAAUAAAUGCAAAUGCAUACAACAUCCUUGUAAAUCAAACCAUUUGGGUCAUGGAAGAGUGGUCAUACAGCCCAGUUAUUGGGAGUCAUUGCUUCUGGAGCUAAGAGAACUCCUGCUGAAGAGACACUGGCAAGGUUGGUAAGUAGAAGCAUGUGGAUUAGGAUCUGGAGUGCGGGAGUGGGAUUCAAGAGUUCCUGUGCCUUGAGAAGAUGCAGUUAGUUGUUUUAGGAUGCCCAAGGCACUUUGCAGUCCAGAAGGCGUUUGUGAUCUUUACAAAAGGGAGAACCUCUUGCCAUCUGCUGUGCCAGUAUCUAAAGAAGGGUUGCACGGCAGAGUUGGUAAUAUCAUGUGUGUCCCCUUUCUUUAGAACAGGGGAUGGUGUAAACUCAGCUCUCCUAACAGGGGUUGGCUAAUAGCAGAUGCACGCUGCUCAGUGAAAUGCUGUACAGUUUACUACAUCUUUGGUGCGAUCUGCCUUCUGCAUGUCCCCAGCUGAGCAGACACGUUGUUUUAGCAGUGUCUGUUUCUUUGUUGGUUUACUUUUUAACAAAAAGCGAGCAGAGAUGCCUAGCUCCUCCUGCUGCACAGCUACGCCUGUGUUUUGCUCUGUGGGCACUGACUGAACCAGCUGCUUUCAGGGGCAGCUUCUGUUCAUUAGGUGGAUUAUAAAUUGGGUAUUCUGACCUUGCCUCUGCCCCUUCAGGAGGAGCAUGGAAUAAACCCCGUGAGAGGGAGGGGAAAUAAGCACUGGAGCUGCCCGCUCAGGAUCUUUACUUGGCCGUUCCAUGGUGCCACAAACGUCAGUGAGGGGACAGCAGUGGAUGCUGGAGGCUGGGGGUGCUGCCUCUUCCAAACUGAUGCUGCAGGGCCAUCUUGUGCACUCACACUACCAGUUGCCAGGAUUGUGCAUAACUGCUUGUUUUCUACAGUGCAAACUCAGCCUUGUAAAUGUUGGGGAAAUGGUAUCUGAGUUUUCUGUAUCUGCCGUUAUUUAAUUCAGGGAGCAAAUAAAAACUAUGCUGGUGAUA